CCUAGAGUCUAAGUUGCGCAAUAUCAUAUUCAAGCUGAAAUUUCUUGUAAAACGUUUUACGAAUUUGAAGUACUUCACCUGGUAACUGCGAAGUCCUUUGGGUAUAAAUUAGUGAACGCCUCAGCAAAAUGGAGGGGCUGUCUGAAGAGCAAAUCCAAGAAUAUAAAGAUGCUUUUUACAUGUUCGACCGGGAUAAUAAUGGUUACAUUACUACUAGUGAACUGAAUUCAAUAAUGAGAACUUUGGGAUUCAAUCCAACCGAAGAGGACUUACAACAGAUGAUUUUCACAGUGGAUUACGACGGUGAUGGUAGAUUGAAUAUGGAGGAAUACAUUCAACUCAUGGAACAGCAGAAAAAACCCGAGGAGAAGGAAGAAGACAUCAUUCAAGCUUUUAGAGUUUUUGACUCAGAAAACAAGGGAUACAUUGACUCAUCUGAGCUGAGGGAACUUCUGGAAAAUAUGGAUUGGAAAGUCUCCGCAGACGACCUGAAAGAUUUGAUAACAAGCGCUAACCUACAUCAGGACAGAAAGAUCAGUCUGGAUGAGUUCGCUUGGCUUGUGGAACCUGAGGGAAUGCCAGUUAUAGAAGACAAAGAAGACAAUGAAACACAUGACGAUUGACUCACUUGCCGCACAAUGGGAUAGAAAUCUGCCUCACCUACCUUCUAGCGUCAUCUCGACCGUCACCAUUUCUCUUGUCGUCAUCCUUGUUGAAAACCAUAAUUAUCAUCAUUGAAAUCGUCAUCGUCAUCAUCACCACUAUUAUCAUGAUCAUUAACAGUCUCGCAAUAAUCGUCAUUUCAGUGAACAUAGUCAUGGUACACAUUCGAAAUAAAUUUCUUUCGCGUAGUGUUACGUACCCCUGGAACUCAGCUCCUAUUUUCUCCUCACAGUGUAACUGGUAAUUCAAACAUCACGGGUAUGUUAAUGAAGGAAAUGAUUGCCUAUGGAUUCUCCUUAAUUGCCAGUGCCAUGGAAAAUGUAUAAAGAACAGUAUGGAGAACAUGUAUAUUGACUUUGGGGUCUAGAAGGUCAGAGCACGAGAUGUUUCUAGGUAGGAAAUUGAUAACAUCUCUUGCGUGACUUUUUUUCAUGAUGUAGUUCAUCCGCAGUAAGGUACCAACAGAUUAUAAAGGUAUCACUAAUAAUCACUUUUCUUUUGCACUUAUACAUGGCGUCAUUACGAUUCCAACACUUCACUCCCUUACAAAGUUUUGAUUAUGCAUAUCUUCAUCAAAGAAGAAAAUAUUAUAUUCUGUUCACGAAACCCAAACAGUGGAUAAGAUCUUUUUUUUUUUUUUAACAAUCUUCUGUCCGUCAGUUUUCUUUUUUUCGAUUCAACACGGAUUGUUAAUUAGUUAAUAGUUUGAUAUACUUUAUAAACGUGAAAUACUUUUAGAUCGAAUCGAAAUUUGAAAGUGCAUCAUGGUUAAUGAUAUUAAAGAACACUGUUUAAGACUCCA